AUCCCGGGGUGGAUUUCACGGAUCGGGCAUCCUGGUGUGGAUCUCGGUUCAGGGUUAUGUCGGCCUGGGUCCAAUUACAUAAAACAACGUAAGUAAAUGUCCGCCCAUAACUAACUUACUGUUAGUAGCAAACUGAAGAGAGACUUGUUACGGCACUGGUGGGCAUCUCUAUUCCGGACUUUACAGAUGGAAUGUCAUUCCGGUCCAGUUAACACAGACUCCACUCCACGAUUUCCUGUUCCGCUUCCUCGCGCCCACAAAGAGUUUGGUGCAGAGAUGGAGGCGCAGUGAGAGGGACGCGGGCAGAAGCAGCACGACUGCAGAGACGGGACGGGAGAGAAGUUUGGCACGGGAGACACGGGGAGAGACGGGGAGACACGGGGAGACGGGGAGACACGGGGAGACGAGCACUCGCGUCGGUGCCAUGGCGACGGUGGUGCUGGUACCGCUGGUGCUGCUGCUGUGCGUGACGAGGGUGUGCAUGGGUGCGGGGGUGGCAGAGAGGUGCGUGCGACCUGCCGCGUGCGAGCCCCUCGCCUACAGCUCGUGUCUGGGCGCCGCCCUGCCCUACGCGCAAACGGCGCUCGUCCUCGCCAGCGAUUCGCACUCGCAACACGACGCGCAGGCCAACCUGCAGCUUUGGGCAGGGCUGCGGAGCGUGCCGCGCUGCUGGGAGGUGGUGCAGCCACUGCUGUGCGCCGUCUAUAUGCCGCGCUGUAGCGCCGGCGCCGUGGAGCUGCCGAGCCGCGCUCUCUGCCACGCCACGCGCGCGCCGUGCGCUGUGGUGGCGCGCACGCCGCACGGUUGGCCCGACUUCCUGUCCUGCCAGCCCGAGCGCUUCCCCGACGGAUGCCCGAACACGGUGCAGGGCGUGCACUUCAACACGACGUCGAGCUGCGCCGCUCCGCUCGUGCGCACUGACAACCCUGCCAGCUGGGUGCGCGACGUGGAGGGCUGUGGUCUUCCCUGCAGCAGCCCCCUGUACACGGCCGAGGAGCAUGCCGCCAUGCGCACGGCCACCGCGGCCAUGGGCGCCCUCGCCCUCCUCUCAGAGAUCUUUACCCUGGCGACGUUUGUUGGCGACUGGCAGCGCUCACGGCGUUACCCGGCCGUCGUGAUUUGCUAUAUCAACGCCUGCUUCCUGGUGGCGAGCGCCGGGUGGCUCGCUCAGUUCCUCAGCGACGCUCGGCAGGACAUCACGUGCCGGCACGACGGCACGCCUCGCGUGGGAGAGCCCACGUCAAGCGAGACGCUGUCCUGCGUCAUCAUCUUCGUGCUCAUCUACUAUCCGCUCAUGGCGGCCGUGUGCUGGUUCGUGUGUCUGGCGUAUGCGUGGAACGCGUCAUUCCGGGCCCUGGGCACGCCGCAGCGGCCCUUGGCUCGCAAGACAUCCUACUUCCACCUGGCGUGCUGGUCACUGCCCUUCGUGUUGACGGUCGCCAUACUGGCACUGCAGCAGGUGGAUGGAGACUCCAUGUCUGGCGUGUGCUUCGUGGGAUAUCGCGACCCCCACUUCCGCGCCGGCUUUGUGCUGGCGCCGGUCGGUGUGGCCACCGUCGCCGGCGGCUACUACCUCGCGUGUGGGAUGUUUACACUGUUUCGCAUAAGAAGAUCCCACCCUGGGCUGCUCAGCCAGAAAGCGUCAACCAAGAUCCAGGAAACGAUCGUGCGGCUCGGGGUGUUCGGCGUGCUGGCCUGGGGCUUCGUGCUGCUCACGUUUGGCUGCCACAUCUACGACUUCCUGCACCGUGAGCAGUGGCAGCGCAGCCUCAGCGAGUACAUCCUGUGCCGUUCCAACGUGGACCUGGGUUCCGUGAACGCGAGCGCGGGUUCAGGCACCGGCCCGGGCUUGCCACGUAAGUGCGAGCUGGGGGCACGGCCCGGCCUGCUGCUCGCCGUGGGGAACGUGGCGUGCGUUUUUGGCACCGGCAUCACCAUGAGCAGCUGGGUGUGGACGCGUGCCACGCUGCACACCUGGCGGCACACCUGGCUCCGGAUCUUGGGCCGGAAGGACGAUCGCCUGAAGCGGCUGCACCGGAGUCACAUGAUCGCGAAGGCAUUUGCGCGGCGUGGUGACAUCCUGCACGACGCGCACGCACGCAUCUCGCUCAGCCUGCAGAGCGAGCUCCCCGGGGGGGCCGUGGUUGGGAUGGAUCUGAACCUGGAUGAUUCUGGGAGCGACUCGUCAUCCUGGAUCAAUCACGUUACCAAGAUGGUGGCACGAAGAGGAGCCAUUUUACCCAACGUGUCACGCACACCCACGCCCGAGCCCUCGGAUGUUAAGGCGCCGGUCGUGCAUUCCAAGCCGCAUCACCGCGCUGGCACUCACCAUCACAAGAAGAAGCGACGCAAGAAGCACAGGCCCCGAGACCUCGGCUCUGACCACGACUUCCUCCCUCACGACCUCGGCGCCGACCUCCCGGCCCCCGACGCGACCCCAAGGGUGCCGUGGUCCACAGGCGGCGUCCCCCGUCUCCCCAAGCUCCCGAGCAGGCCGUUCCUGGUAGCGGCCUACCCCGGGCCCGGGCAACGGAGUGCAUUCUGGGAGGAGGGCGAGGCCAGGCAGGAGGAGGAGGGCAGCAGGAAGAUGUGCUGGGGACAGCCGACGGCUGGCGCCACGGCCGGCACCACGGCCGGCGCGCCUCCCUGGGAGCAGCUCGUGAGCGAGACGCGACCGCGGCACCAGCCCGGGGCAUUCUGGGAAGGCCGGAGGGAGGCGGGGGUCCACGACGCGCCGCCGGGUAUCCCCCGCGCGCCGCGCAGCCUCAGCCCGCGGCGGGAUCGCCGCGGCGAGGCCUUCCGCGCGGGGAGGCGGUGGUUGCCGGCGCAGAGUGAUGUGCCGCCUCCCGAUCCCCCCCCCUACUCGGCAGGCCUCCUGCCCGGCACUCUGCACGAGCACGGAGACGGCGAGCCUCGCGCCGAUCGUCAGCACCACCACCACUCCCAGCAGAGGGAGAGCCUCUUCUGAGGCAACGGGGGCGGCUCGCCCGCUCGGACGCCUCCGGUCGCCGCUGUCGGAUCCCCGGUCUGGCAUCCGACGCGGGGAGUCCCACGUCUUACAAAAAAACUACGUCAUCCGUUUUCAUUAUAGGUUCAGCGGUUUAAAUACUCGUAUUUAACAGGACGUGAAAAGCAAAGUUCAAAUGAUUUCCUGCUCAUGAGCAUUGAGGCAUUGGUGCUCAUCUCCUGUUUACAGCCCUGAGCCAGUGGUUUAAAUUCCAUAUUGUUUUGGUAGGGGUGAGUCCAUCCGUAGGACAAUUACUGUUGAUUUUCGCAUAAAGUGGUACUCAUUUUAUCGAAAAUGAAGGGGUGAUGGGCCGAAUCAACCCCCAACCUUGAUUUGAACUUGCAACCUUCCGAAUGCGAGCCACUCGCACUGGCAUUGGGCCACGAGAAGCAUAUACCCACGCCUUAAUAUUGAAAUAACUGCGCCAUCACAUCCAGAAAGCGCCAUAGGUCUUGUAGAUGUAUCAAUUGCGUGGCAAGGAUUGUGUUAAUGAGUUGAACGUGUGUCUCUUACUCUUUGGGUCUUUCGGUAAAGUCACAUAGAUAGAAGAAAAAAUCACGACGUUUCGAUCGCAACACAAGCAAUCGUCUUCAGGUGAAAAAAUACAGCAGGCGGACUGCUGAGGCAGAAAGAAAU